AUGUUAUUGCGUCAAUGGAAUUAUCUUUCACUUGGUCCAUCUUAUAUAAGAGUAAAUCAAAGUGCUAUUCGUCCAAAAUGUCAACAAGAAACUGAAAUAAAAAAUCAACAUAAAGAUAUUUAUUCAAAAGUUGAAAAUCAUCUCACCGGACAUCCUCAUCUUAUACCACGAAACAAUCCAAUUUUUAAACAAUAUUCAGAUCAUUUACUUGAUUAUCUUAAUCAAAGCUAUUUUACUCCAUUAUCAUAUAAAGAUCAAUUAAUAAGUCGUGAACAAGCACAAAUUCUUGGAUCAAUUCGACGAAUAAUUCAAAAUAUGAAUCUUAUUAUUCGUGUCACUGAUAAAGGAAAUAAUUUUUAUAUUGGUUCAGCUAUUGAAUUUGAAAAAAAAGCUCAAAAAUUUUUCUCUGAUACAAAUGCUUUUAUAGAAUUAUCUUCCAAUCCAUUCAAUGAAAUAUUAGAUAAAGUUAUACAAUUGCUAAAUACACUUCGUGGAAAAAAUUUUAUUCGUAAAUGGCAAUAUGAACAAAUGAUGCCUGAUCGAACAAAUUGUGAAUUAGCUCAUUUAUAUUUUAAUCCUAAAACACAUAAAGAUGGCAUACCAGUUCGACCUAUUGAAAGUACAAUUCAUGCUUCAACUACAAAAAUUUCAAAAUUCUUAGACAAAAUUUUACGACCAAUAUUUGAUGAUAAAUGCAAAGAUACAACUAUUAUUGAUGGUGCUUCUUUAAUUACUGAACUUUCAAAAUAUAACAAAAAAGGUCUCUUAAAGCCAACAACUCUUUUUUGUACAUUUGAUAUUCGUAAUUUAUAUACAAUGUUACCACAAGAAGAAACAUUAGAUAUUCUUAUGACAUUUCUUCAUGCUCAUGGUUAUAGAAAAGUGAAAGGAAUUAGUAUUGAUACAAUAAAAAAAUUAGCUUCAAUUAUUCUCAAAGAUAAUGUUUUUGCUUAUGGAAAGAAAAUUUAUAAACAAACAACUGGUGGUGCUAUGGGUUCAUCAUUGACAUUAACUUUGGCUAAUAUUUUUAUGUCGGAAUGGCAAAAAAAACUAGUUGAAGAACAAACCAAGACAGGUGAAUUUUAUGGACGAUAUAUUGAUGAUAUUUUUAUGACUUGGAACAGAUCUGAAGAAGAAUUAAGAAAAUUAUUAGAUGAUGUGAAUACAUGGCAUCCAAAUAUUAAAUUAGAUUAUAAAAUUGGAAAAAGUCUUCCAUUUCUUGAUGUACAACUUACAAAUAAUAAUGGAAUACUAUCAACAUCUGUCUAUCAUAAGCCUGCAGCUGAACCAUACGUUACGCCAUUUACAUCUGAUCAUCCUCGACAUGUUUUUUCAAAUAUUAUCAAAACUUCUAUUGAACGUGCAACAAGAUAUUCAUCGACAUUUGAAGCAUUCAAUUAUGAACGACGUUACAUUAAAUUGAUGUUACUAUACAAUGAUUAUCCAUCAACAUUUAUUGAAAAUGAGUUUCACAAAUAUUUUUCGGAAUAUAUAUCAAAAUCACCAUUUCUACCAUUAAUUGAUGACGAACAUAAAUAUUUUCUUAUGCGAAAAGAAAUUUUAGGUCUACCAACACCUCGACAAUCACAAGUGGCAAUGAGUGCAGCACUGGCUGACAUCGACAACGAUCCACCAGAUGAUGAUGAGAGACAACAACCAGACCAAAACAAAAAAAAACCUGAAGAAAAAAUCUCAAAUUAUAAUGAAAAAUUCUUUACCCAUUUUAUCUAUGAAAAACGUUUCGAAACAUGCAAAAGAGAUAUGCAUCAAGUAUACAAUCAUGCAUUUAAAGAUACACCAGCAAUUUACACAAAACAAAUCGUCGGUAACCGCAACCGUCGUCAAGCACAAAAUGAACUAAUACGCAAACGACCAAACAAAACAUUGUUACAAAACACAACAAUAACCAAGAGUAAGACCAACAACAGAAACACAAAAAAAAAUGAUUUCUAUAACUCCUUAAUAUAAAAACUUUAAAAUCAUUCCUUAACUUCUACUUAAUAGAAAACCUCGAAAAACAGAACACGACCCUACGACAAACUACAACUAUCGCCUAGCCUCCAUCGACCAAAUACAACGGCCAUGCAAGUUUCUCUACUCAAGACGAUCCAUUCAUAAAACAAUGAAAUCAAAUCAACAAACAUUUUCCAAAAAAAAAAUCAUAUAUGAUCUAUUCAUACACCCUUCAAAAUAAAAUAAAAUAUAUAAAACUGAUUCGAAAUAUCAUCAAAUCAAUUUUAAAAUAAAGUUCUAAAUUUCUUUUCUUUUCAGAUACACCUCUACGUAUAAUUUCCAAAAACAAAAAAAUACUUGUCAUCGCCACAUGCAAAAAUGAACUCUACACACCACGCCGACUGUUCACACUACAUUAUAUGGAUAAUAUCAUUAUAUAUUAUGAUUUGUUUUUGAUUUUUGUCAAAAUUUUUUAUAAUAUAUAACAGUAUAUUUUAAUCUUGUGAUUUUUUAUCAUUUAGAUUAUUUACCAACUGAUGAUUCCCUUAAGCAAGGAUGAAACUAGUCUUGGUAGCUUUACACACUACUGUAUAUGGAUAAUAUCAUUAUAUAUUAUGAUUUAUUUUUGAUUUUUGUCGAAAAUUUUUAUAAUAUAUAACAGUAUAUUUUAAUCUUGUGAUUUUUUAUCAUUUAGAUUAUUUACCAACUGAUGAUUCCCUUAAGCAAGGAUGAAACUAGUCUUGGUAGCUUUACACACUACUGU